AGUGAACGGGCUUGGGCAGUUAGUUACCAUGGAAGCAGUAGCGGCGUCUUCUUUGUCUAUGCUUUCGUUAGGGAGUAUGAAAACUAGGAGCAGAGUCACACGGAACUGUCACGUGACUCCGAGGAAAGGUUGUGAUGUUUGGGUUAAGAGUGGAAGAAGAAGAAGAACAAGGGUGGGUGCUGUGAAUGUGGAAGAUGUAACCACAGUACUUGAUCGUGCUCCAGUGGAAGUCACCUGGCAAAUUGUGGUUGGAACUAUAGCUGGGGUUACCCCUUUUGUGGUGGCAGGGAUUGAAUUUAGCAAAAGAAUAAUAGCUCAAAAAAGAUGUGAGGAGUGUGGAGGGUCAGGGCUUGUUCUUAGGGAAAAGGAAUAUUUUCGUUGCCCUGAAUGUGGCGGGUUUCUUCCUUGGCAAUCCUGGAAAAGAUUCUUCUCCGGUUAAUUUCUACAGCAUUGUACAAAAAAACCAUACUUCAAUAUCAAUCACAACUUUAUUUAAGCCAAGAUUCUAUGUUUGUGGGAACAUUCUCUACCGUACACAAAUGUAAAAUACAUAGUAAAGCUAUUUGCAAUGAUUACCAACUACAAAAUUUAUUCGAUAUACACUGUAAUUCCUUUUUGAGAAAAAUGGUAUUUGCUA